AUGGAUGCGAAGUAUAAGGAAAAGGACUCCAUUACCUUACCAAACAACAGGCGCACUCUCACGUCCCACUUGGCUCUUCAUAGUCAGGCCUGCUCCACUCCUCCUGCCUCAACCAUGGUAGUUUUCCUAACAAACUUCAUAUUAGACGCUUUUGGCUUGUUCGCGGAUGAGCUUCUUCUAAGUGCCGCUGAAUGCGCAAGACAAGCUAAUAGUUACUGGCAUACGCUAGGAGAGAAUGAUCAACAACGCACGAAGAGAUUUGAUAGCAUGGUGCAAGCCAGAUUUACUUGGAAUGGAAAUAUUCGUUCAGCAUUGGCAAGAGCAUUGGGAGACCUGCGCGCUUAUUCGUUCAAGCCGGAAAAGAACGAACUCGUUCCCUCUUCGAAAAAACGCACUUGUACAGUUGCAGUGGCCACCGAUCCGGUCCAGGUCAGGGAUGAGUACAAAGAAUAUGAACACGAAACACUUUGAAGAAAUUCUAUCACACAUAAGCAUUACUAUUACUUUUGUUUGUUCUAACAUGUUCUCAUUAUCACCGCACUAAGUAGAAGAACUUCCAUUUUUAUAUCCCAUUCCACUUAUGAUGCUCUUGCUUAUUUGUUUACAUUCCUAUAACUUGAAGAUCCGAGGCCGUAUUCAUUAUUCAUACCUUGAGGUAAAUCUUACUUCCAGGUAGUUUAAUCACUCAUUAUCAUAAGUUUUAUCACUGAUAAUGACUGAUAAAACUACCUGGAAGUAGGAUUUACCUCAAGGUAUCAAUGAUGAAUAGGGCCUCUCAAUUCACUAGGCCACUGUUAUACUCUCAUUCCAUUUAUCAUGGUGCUCUUGCUUUGAUUUGUUUGCACUCUAACCUCAAGAUCUAAAUUCACUUAUUUUGUGUGUGC